AUGCCAAAAAAAGAUGAAACUGAAACGAAUGCAGUCGUUGUUGGUAGUAACGUAGAAGAAGAGAUUGAUGAGCAGCAAAUGGUGUGGGAAAUAGAGAAAUGGAAUCGAGAAUGGGAUAUACCUCGUUUAUGGGUUGGCUUAUUCCGAUAUUAUGUUCUGGAGCAUUCGACCAAACGUGUUGUGCAGAUACGAUUUCGUGAUAGUGGCGACGAUGAUGAACGCCCGAAGGAUAUGGGUCAUUUCAACUGCAAACGAAUUGCGAUUGAA